AUGGAGGCGCCGGGUCCGGAUUCCCCGUGCGGUCUCUGCGGAGCCGCCGCCGCCCCGUACACCUGCCCGCGCUGCAACCGCCGCCUCUGCUCUCUCGGCUGCUACCGCGCCCAUGGUGGCUGCUCCGAAGCUUUUUACCGCGAGCAGGUUCUGCAAACCCUCCGUUCCGACCGGGGUCCCCCGCCGGCUCUCCCCAGCCUGGGGGCCGCCUUGAGGCGGCCGCGCCAGCUACGCGAGGCCGAGGCUUCAGCAGGGUGCGAAGGCCGCGGGCUGUGGGGAUCGCUCAGCGCGGCGGAACGAGCAGCUUUCCAGCGGUUGAUCCGCACGGGGGAGGCGGCAAAACUGAUUCCGGCGUGGAGACCGUGGUGGUGGCGCCGAAAUAAAGGUAAAAACCAGGAUAAAUAUGGAGAUAAAGAUGAGGAUGAAGAUGAGGAUGAGCCGCAAAUUGCUCCACCACCCGCCAUCCCCUCAUCCAUCCCCGCACUGAGCUCCUUCCCGGCACCUCCGCCGUCCCCAUUGCUGCGUUUCCAGCUGCCCAACGUCCUCUUUGGCUAUGCCUUCGCCUUGAGCCUCCACGGAGGGGACGAGUCGCUGGUGCCGGAGCUGCCGGGCGCCGCCAUCGACGUGGCGGCCGCGCUCAGGAUGCGCCGGGCGUUCAGAUCCACCGCCGAGGCCCUUCGAGCCGCUCGGGAUGAUGCAAAGGGCGCCGGGUACCCGAUGGGUCCAUUGGGAGAUGCUGGGACCGUCCUGGCUGUGGCGGAGCUGCUGGAGGGGCCUGGGGACAAUAGCGAGAAUUACACCCAAAAUAAUGCCGCUAAUUACAACAAUAAUUACGUAAUCAUGGCUCUGGCACACCUGGAGCAGUUGUUGAGCCGGGGACAACUUAAUUUGGAUGCUAACGAGCGCCAAACAUUCGUUAACGCGCAGAGGAAGUGCCGCUUCCUAAUGAGCUGGAGCCAGGAGGCACCAAUGGGGACGAUGGUGGAGCUGGCGAGGGAGACGAGGGAGGUUGUUAAUGAGCUAAUUAGCGCUAAUGAGGGGAUGGGGCAGGGGGAGAUCUUUAGUGCUAAUGAAGGGAGGGGGAGGCGACUAAUUGAGGAGCUUGAUUGAGGUUAAUGAGGUCGUCAAGGAAACCAUUUAAUGAACAUCCAGAGAAGUCGCUCAUCAAGGAACCAAACUAAUUAACAUCUGGAGAAGCAGCUCGUUAAGGAAUCUGACUAACAAACAUCCAGAGAAAAGCUGCUUAUUAAGGGCUGAGGUAUGAGUGGGGGAGUCUGGUCAUUAAGGUCUCCGCGGAACUGGGGGUGGCUUGUUAAUGGCCAACAUUUGAUUAACGUAAUAACGAAUAAACAUAAUUACUAUA